CUGAUAUGUUAAAGUGGAAGUCUCCUUCACUUCAAAACUGUAAAUAAGUUAUUUUUUAUAGACAUUAAAAUGAUGGCGAGGCAAACCGCGCGAGAGAGGAGUCAGCUGCCCACCUGUUACUAUCAGGGAUACCUGGAGAAGAGGUCGUUCAAAGAUAAGACUUCCCGGAAACUGUGGGCCUGCCUGUGUGGAAACACGCUGUUCUUCUUCAACGAGAAGAGAGACAGCGAGUACAUAGAGAAAGUGGAACUCAGUGGGAUGAUCUCAAUAACAGACGACGGCAGCCAGGAUCGAAACCUGGACGCAGCCAGACUCAACCUCCAGAUGAAGGAUAGAAAUAUCAAAUUCACUGCUCCUAAUGCUGAGGCCCGUGAGCUGUGGAAGGGCUUCAUCCGCUCUGUGGCUGAGCUGUCGGUACCGUCCUCCCUCAACCUGCUUCCAGGCCAGAUCCUCAUGCUGAAAGAGGCCGUAGAAAAGGAAAAGGAAAGAAUAAAACUUGCUGCUGCCAUUAACUCCAGCACCUACAUCACCCUGCAGGCAGAGAUGCCAGCCUGUUACCAUGAUGUUUCCCGUCUGGAGGCAGAGCUGCUGCUCGAGAGAGAAUCCAAGAGAGGAAACGUGCUGCUGAGGCCGGGGAGGAUUGUUAACUCCUUCGCUGUCACCACCAGGCAGAGCCUUGAAGGCUCUGUAUUCAGACACUAUCGCAUAAAUCGUAAAGCUGAUGGGGGCUUCGCUAUUGAAGUUGACAAUCCUAUCCCCUGUGCCACACUUCAUGAUGUGAUCAACUAUUUAGUGGAAACAACGGACGGCGUUUUGAUUCCUCUCAUCAUCGAGGAAGCCUACGAACAAAGAAUCUCCUAUAUUCAGUCUGAUAAUGAAAAUGGAGAGAUUAGCGUUCGGCAGGCCCCGGCAAACCUGGUCCCACCGAGUAUACCCCCCAAACCAGUGUCUACGAGAAAACCAGAGCCAGAACCAAUCGAGGAGGAGAACGUUUAUCUGAAUGACCAACCGGAGGAGAAAGAAACAGAGUCGGCGGAUUCCUCAGCUGUUCCACUCCCACAACCGGAGAAAAAAGCUACGAGGAAAGCAAUUAUGCCUCCAAAUCCAAUUCCUGCUCCUCGCAUGCUGAGCACAGCAUCAUCCUCCACCUCCUCUUCCUCCUCUACAAGCAGCACUCUGAAGUCAAGUGCUUCCGCCCCACAGAUCUCCCUUCCCUCCUCAUCAAGCAGCCGGGAUCUGACGAUGAGGAGACUCACAGAGCCCACCGGACAGAUUCCUUUUGCUGCCAUGUCUGAGCUGAAACUAAGGCUGCAACAGAAGGUCAGGUGUCCAGAGUGACCUCUCCUGGUGGGAUCCUCUCAAAGCGUCUGUGAAACCCACCACCACCAGUGACUCAAACCAGAACACACCCCUCACCGGUUCCCCCAACACAUGGGAGUGUGUAGAGCAGCUGCUUCCACACAAACAAGCUCCUUCCUCCUCUUCAUCGUGGCUCUGCUCCUCCUCGUCAGCUGGCUGUCGGCAGCAAAGCCUCUCCGAAGAUUAACACUUUAUUGAUUCACCCGUCUAAGACACUCAUUAGCAAAUGAAUCAGCUGUAACGAGGGGUGUACCUGUCACAUUAUCCACACCCUGUUUCUCUUGUACAUUUUGCACAUUUACCACUGACUGUCCGUUUCCCCCCCAUCAGACUGUAUAUUAUUGUUUUAUAGAGUAAUCAACUUUUGAAUUAUAUUGUAUAUAUUUGUACAUAGCUAAUGUAUCAAUAUAGUCAAACAAAUGUAUUGCUGCCUCUCUUUACAGUCAACUGUGAAUGAAGAAGAGUUGGGGGACUAGUGUGACUAUUGAAGGCAAUUGUAAAACUGUCACAUCAUAAUAAAUACAUGAACCAGCAACUUUGAGUAUGUGCUAUGCAACAGUUAGAAAUCAGUUUUAUGAUGUUCUGUAUCUGCUAUAUUUCCCGUGUAACAACCAGCUUUUGUUAAAUAAAGCAGACAUCUGUUUCUUACUUUCUUUUAUUCCUUGUUGAAGCAUAAAUCCAAGAACAAAGUGCUUUUGCUCCUUUAAUACCUCAAUGGCUGACACACUAUAGUGGAAAACUAUUUACAAUAAACUGUGACAUUGUGUCAGCGAGUGAAAUAAAGUCAACGUAAUUUUCUUUAAAGCAUUGCAGGCUAGUUAUUCAGGAGAUGCAUACAGCGGGAGCAACAUGGAGAAGCAAGACUGUAACAUGACGUGGACGCUACUCAGAGGUCGGGCUGAUAGGAACUUCCUAACAUCAUUUUCCAGAAUUAAACACUUUUGUUUCUCAUCCAGGUAGAACGAAAACCUGGCUAACUCUCAAUACAUUUUGUUAGCUGAGGCUACUUGCUAAUUAUUUGUUAUAUUUGGAUUACAGGGCAGUCCACUACUCAUAAUGGGAUUCCUUUUCAGCAAACAGUGGUGCUUUUAGACACAAACAUACUGUACAAACAAGCAUUAGUGUGCAGUGAGGUGAAUAGGAUGAAUACAGUACAGUCGUUUCCAAAAUCCUGGAUAUCUGAGGUACACUGACUAAAACUCACUUUUAACUUUCUGUGCUGUCUCGAUGAAAGAUUAAACUCUCACAGCAAACACCGACUCUGAAUUAAAACGGAACCUCAGCAGGAGGCUAAAUGACAGAGUGGGACGUGACCAAAAUAAGUCAAAUGCAGUAAAAACUGUUAAGUCUGCAUGCAUUAGCGAGAGGUAAAAUAUAAAGUUUGGAAUAUGUUUUGUAAUAAAAGAAUACUGCCCUGCCAAAUGACUCAUCCCAUGUUCUUUUGAAUUCUUGAAAAAAUCCUUCAUUUACCCGCAAAGACACCGAAGAAUCCAAAAACUGAAUAUUUUCUGCAAUUGAAUAACAGCAAAACUAUUUAGAUACAUACGAUUUGGAGCCCUUCAUUGCUUUACAUUAUUUCAAUGGAAAACAGUUAUUUUCUUGCUGUUUUUCUUUGUGGUAAAUAUACCUUUUAUCUAGUGUAAUAUAAGUAGAUUGACAUCGUUGUUUAUGCCUUUAUUUUAAAGGCAGUUUUGGGUACUGGGCGAUUUUGGCACCUGCUGGUUAUGUAUAUAUUGGAUACAGGUGGUGAUGGGAUCAGCACACCAGCAAGGGCAAAUGCUUUUUUUACCAGGGUAAGACAAGGAAUGCCAGAGGAAAGGCACAGGGCAAGAAUAUAGGAAAAUCAUUGUUGAUUGGAAUAAACUGCAUAAAUGACGUUCCUGCCUUUGGAUCCUUUUCCUGCAUAAGGUUUGGUAACUAGUGCCUCAACAGCGGAUUACAUUUUGAGUAGAUUUUCUGUUUGAUUUCCUUGUAAUUUUGUCGCUGCAAUACGUUUACAAACUCUAACACAACCAGUGCAGCAUAAUUAAAGUCAGAUUUGUGUAGUCGUAUACUCACUACAUCCCUACACAUGAUUUUUCUUCUUUUAAAUCAUUAGUAUUUGUCUUAGUAGCAAGUCUGUGCAAGUGUAAGUCUAUUUAUGCAGUCAUGCAUUAAGACUUCUCCCUGUUUUUGGAUUCUUAUUUCACGGUGGAGGCAUGCAAGAAACACAAUGUUUUCUUCAAGAAUUCAAUGUAACACGGGGGGAAUAAUUGAUUUAAAAGUUAUCUUUUUGGAAGUGAAGUGUUUCUUGAUGAUCCGUAAGUAGCAGAGUAGAGUUUGAUUAAAACCUGGUUAAAUAAACUACAUUAUAUCACUAGCAUUGCCUAGGAGCCGGUUAUUUGGGUUAAAUAGGUUGGCUGAUGGCGGAUUGAUUACCACUAAGCUACGUUACAACCAGGUUAUAAUGACACUGACACAACACGUUCUCUUAACUGGAAAUAGGGAGAUUUCUCGCAUUGAAAUAUAUCAAAGCAUCACCCGAUUUGAAAAUGAGAAGGAAGGCACAGGGAGAGCUGCAUCGACAGUACCUCUGACAGUUUCUGAUGAUGGCAAGGAAGGAAGGGCAGCGGCCAGCGCUAAAUCUUUGCUCUAGCAGCAGUGGGACAGUGCUAAAUGAUGUGUAGAGAGAAGAAAAACUAGUACAGCUAAUGUGUCUCAAGCAACAACACCAGCCGCAGUCAUACACCUGAAGAGCUCUGUCACUGGCAGAUGACUCACUUCUUGCCAAAACCAUUUUUGUUGUUACGCUGGAACAGGUUGAACCAUCCAGUGAUGUAACUCUUCUAUGAUAUAAGGCUUGGACCUCAGCCAGGGCUGAGGCGAUGUUCUGCAGCGGUGACUGUGUUAAAGCAGAGCGUCCAGCAGGAUAAAGUGUGGGGGGGGG